AUGAUUUUUUUUCAAGAUAUUCCACAAUUAGUAAAUGCAGAAGAUAACCAGAUAUUGGAAGCAGUUCCUUCAGAUGAAGAAGUGAAACAAGCAGUUUUUAAUCUUAAUCCUGAUAGUGCUCCUGGCCCUGAUGGGUUUGAAGGUUGGUUUUAUAAACAUGCUUGGGGAAUAAAUGGAAAAGACUUAACAAUUUCUAUUCAAUACUGCCGGAGAGAGGGAUUUAUACCUCAAGGGUUUAAUGCAAAUUUCUUGCUUCUUCAACCAAAAGUCAAAAAUGCCAAAAAAGCAGGUCAAUUUAGACCCAUUGGUUUAAUGAAUUUCAGUUUCAAAGUAAUUACAAAGGUUAUUUCUACAAGAUUGGGUAGUAUUAUUCAAAAGAUAAUAUCCCCUCAACAAGGUGCUUUCAUAAAAGGUAGAAAUAUACAAGAGCAAAUUGUGUUGGCAUCUGAGUUGGUGAAUGAGUUAAAUAUAAAAAGAAGAGGUGGAAAUCUAGGAAUUAAAAUUGACAUAACUCAAGCUUAUGAUUCCCUCAGUUGGUCAUUCUUGUUUCAAGUUAUGAGAAAUUUUGGUUUUUCAGUGAAGUGGACAACAUGGUUACAUACACUGCUGAAGUCUGCAAGAAUGUCUAUGCUCUUAAAUGGUGGUCCUGUAGGGUACUUUCAAGUGGGGAGAGGCCUCAGACAAGACAAGAGAAAUGUUAAAAAUCUCAUCUCUGUUCUUAAAGACUAUCAAGCUGUAUCAAGUCAAGUUGUCAGUCUUUCCAAAAGCAAAUAUUUUGUUGGGGGAACAAGUAAGCUGAGAAAGCAACAAAUAGCUAAUGAAUGCAACAUACCCCUUUCAUCAUUUCCUGAUAAGUACUUAGGUGUGAUGCUUACACCAGGUUUCAUUAAAUCCAAUCAUGUAUGGAACUGUGUGGAGAAAAUUCAAGGGAGCCUAACAGGAUGGAUGGGUAAGCUUCUAUCUUUUCAAGAAAGGUUAAUUCUGGUUUGUUCUCCAUAUGAAGAAGGUGGGCUAGGUCUGAGGAGAUUAGAAAUCAUUAAUAAUGCUCUACUUACGAAGUUAUGGUGGAAAAUUCAGAAUAGUACAGAAGAAUGGGCUAGAUUUUUCCAAGAAAAUCUUUUAACCAAAAAUGGAGAAUGGAUAAAAUAUUAUAAAAAAUCAUCAAUACUACUUGGUCUGAAAUGGGUAUCAGAAACUGUAAAGAAUCAUUCAAGGUGGAUUGUGGGGAAUGGUGAAAAUAAUUCAGUUUGGAGAGAUACAUGGAUAAAAGAUAGGCCUCUAUGUGAUAUGUACCCUGAAAAUAGUUAUAUGGCUCAAUUCCCUGACUUGAAAGUAGGGAACUUAAUUGUGGAAGGAGAAUGGGUAUUCCCAAAUGAAAUGCUAGGAAUGAUUUCAGUUAAUGAACUCCCUGUGAUGAAUAAGGAAAAUGACAGAAGUAUAUGGUGUGGCACACUCACUGGAAUAUUCACAGUAUCCUUUGAUGUAGAAUGCAUCAGAACAAAAUAUCCUAAACUCGGCUGGCCAAAGCAGACUAACCAAAUUCCGCUAUGCUGUGAUGGAGCUUCAAAAGAGAAUCCAGGAAUGGCAGGUUAUGGAAUAAUUGCUAGAAAUAGUGUUGGAGAUUGUGUAAUAGCCAUUGCAGGUGGAAUGGGGAUUGCAACAAAUUUCUUUGCAGAGAUCAUGGAAAUCUUAUGGGAGAAAUUUUUUCAAAAUGUUAGAGAAUGGGAUUUCAUCCACAGCUACAUGGAGCUAAAUUUUUCAGCUGAUGACUUAGCAAAAAAUGGGGUAUAUCUACAGAGUGGAGAAAGGCACAUAUACACAAGCAAACCACCAUUUCUAGUGGAAUGA